AACGCCCCAAUCAAACCUUUUAAGAAAGGGUGGCAUGGCAGCUAAAUUUGUGUUCACCCUAUCCAUCCUCUACUUCCUCUUCCGCCUCUCGGCUGCCGAGACCUACGUGUCCGACAACAACCUAAAAUCCAAAUUGUUUCCAAACGUUGAGAUAACGUUAGCCAAUGACUACGACCGCACCAUAUACUUCAUGUGCAAGAACACAGAUAAGGACAAUACAUUGCACCCGCUGGACGCAGGCCAGACAUAUCGCUUCAACUUCACACAGGUGGCGUUCCCAAUGAAGUGGUGCUUCUUAUACAUCAACUCCCAUUCAUUUGGGUUCCUUUGGGUGUACAACAUGCGAUCAAGGUGCACCAAAUGUUUUUGGAGCAUCACCAAUUACCCAAACCUUUAUAGGACGGAUCGUGUGAGGUGGGAGCGCCAGAAGCUAUUUAUGCCUCCUACUUUCACAAUUGAUAACUUCUUGCUUCCGGAAAAUAAUACUCCUUGGGGCUAGUUUCUUUUUAACUUCAAAAUCAACUUCUUCUUCUUCACUACAAACUUUAUUUAUAUAUGUUGUAAGUAAUGCUUCUCAAGGUGUACGGCUGUAUUGUUUUCUUUAAAAUGUUUGAUUAAUGGGGGCUAGUUUGUAACUUGGAGCUCAUUGUUAUGGAAUCAAAUUCUUUAUUGAUUCAU